AUGGAUGAUCUUGAAUCAGAUAUUCCUGGAUUAGAGGAUCUUGGAUUAGAAAUUCCUGGAUUACAAGAUCUUGAAUUAAACACAGACGACUGUGUUGGAGGAAUCUGUUAUUGCUACUUGUUUAGCAAUAUCAUCGCAGUUGGUUUCACCUGUCUCAUGUUAUGGCUAAGUUUCCGUCGAAUGCGUCCCCGCCAUCCCAGCUGCUCGAUCGAAUACUUUUACGUGCCUGCUCUCAACAAAUCUCUCGAUUCACAUCUCAACACCACUAUCAACUUCAUGGUACGUCUUGAUAAUCCAAACAAAGACAAAGGAAUCUACUACGACGAUGUCUACCUUUCUUUGUCCAGCCCCUACACAGCCACCAAUUCCUCUGCUCUUGUCGCUAACUACACAGUGCCUCAAUUCUACCAAGGAUUCAAGAAGAAAGCCAAGAAAUGGGGUCAGACUCUGCCAUUGAACAGCCAUACGCUUUUACAAACGGUUUUGCCUAGUGGAUUGGCGGUUUUCAGGGUGGAUCUAAAGACAAAGGUGAGAUUCAAGAUUGUUUUCUUUAAAACUAAAAGAUUUAGAGUUGAGGUUAGUGCUGAUGUUGAAGUCAAUGGAGAUGGAGUUAAAGCUAAUAAUGUAGGGGUUAAGAUGCUGAACCCUGAUUCUUCUUCUCCUUCACUAGGAAGCUAUUUUCCGUUCCCAUUUUCUUCUUUCUUUCAUUAUGGUUUCUGA